AUCAAGGCCGCUUUACCACCGUAUAUGAGUGGGCACAUUUGGUCUCCGUAUUCUACGCUCGUAAGCAGAGAAAGGAAACAGAUCUCUUCUUUCACCGCUAGCUCUGUGUUUCUCCCCAAAAAUAUUCCAUUCUCAUCUCUUUCUUUCUUAUCUGUACCUUAGAUUUCUUUUUAUCCUCUCCGGUGAGAAAUGGAGGCUGGUUCUAAGUCGAAGAAAGGUGCCGGUGGCAGAAAGGGCGGCGGCCCAAAGAAGAAGCCGGUGUCUAGGUCCGUCAAGGCAGGUUUACAGUUUCCCGUCGGUAGGAUCGGUCGUUACUUGAAGAAAGGACGAUACUCUCAGCGUAUUGGAACCGGUGCUCCUGUUUACCUCGCCGCUGUUCUCGAGUAUCUUGCUGCUGAGGUUCUUGAAUUGGCUGGGAAUGCAGCAAGGGACAAUAAGAAGAACAGGAUCAUUCCCAGGCAUGUUCUUCUGGCUGUGAGAAAUGAUGAAGAACUUGGAAAGCUGCUUGCAGGUGUGACAAUUGCUCAUGGUGGUGUAUUACCCAAUAUUAACCCAGUUCUUCUUCCUAAGAAGAGUGAAAAGGCAGCUGUAAAAGAGCCUAAAUCCCCAUCCAAGGCUACCAAAUCUCCUAGAAAGGCUUAACUUUACUUCAUUCCUUCCUUCAUUAAUAAGUUUAUUGUUCUUCUCAAUCCCCUUUUCUGCAGUUCUAGUUGUAUGCAUGUAUGUAAUUUCUUUUUUAGUAAUCCAUGUUGUCUUGUGGGUAGGCAGCUAAACUUUCUUUCAACCCUAAUUGUCUAUUUUAGUUGUAUGUUUGCUAAUGAAUAUCACUCAACAAUUGUGUUUGAUGUAAAAAUUGCUUAUUUGA